AUGUUCCUUGAAAAAGGUUCAAAGUAUUUAUAUUCUUGUCUCAACCACCUUAUUAAAUUUAAGUAACGUCUCUAUCUCUUUCUGUGGAGUCGUGUUACGUCUUUCUAGUUUGAGAUCUUCUACUAUUUGUUCUGUUCAAGAAUAGUACUUGUCGACUAUGGAAGAUGCUGGUUAUCAUUUACGGUGUAACGAUAAUAUUUAUAACGACGACGAGGAGCGUUUGGCAUUGCCCAUUAUGAUCGGAAAGCCAACAUCCACAGCGGAACCACAGCCGCCGCCUCCGCCAUCACCACCGCCACCGUUCUUGGUAAAGACCUAUCAAGUGGUGGAGGAUCCGACAACAGACGAGGUUAUAUCUUGGAACGAAGACGGAACUGGCUUCGUCGUGUGGCAGCCGGCGGAGUUCGCUAGAGAUCUUUUACCAACACUUUUCAAGCAUUGCAACUUCUCUAGCUUCGUUCGCCAGCUCAAUACUUACGGGUUCCGAAAAGUAACGACGAUAAGAUGGGAAUUUAGUAAUGAGAUGUUCCAAAAGGGGCAAAGAGAGCUUAUGAGCAAUAUCCGAAGAAGGAAGAGCCAACAUUGGUCACGCAACAAGUCUCAUCAUCAGGUUGUACCAACAACGACGGUGAAUCAAGAAGAUCAUCAACCGCUUGGGAUUGAGCAUCACCACGAGGAUCAACGGUCUUCCUCCACUUCCUCGUCUUUUGUAUACACUGCAUUACUCGACGAAAACAAAUGCUUGAAGAAUGAAAACGAGUUAUUAAGCUCCGAACUCGGGAAAACCAAGAAGAAAUGCAAGCAGCUUAUGGAGUUGGUGGAGAGAUAUAGAGGAGAAGACGAAGAUGAAACCGAUGAGGAUGCUAAUGAAGAAGAUGAUGGGCUUAAGUUGUUCGGAGUAAAACUUGAAUGAAAAAAAUCGCUAGAUGAAACCAGUUUCUUCAGAUUGUUACAAGUUUUGCAUCACUAUAUAUUGUACUCUUUUAAGACAUGCAAGACCAGAAUUACAUAUGUCCGAAAAAUCUCGGAUUCUGACUGUGUUGUAUAUUGAUUAAGCUUCGUGUUCAAAACAUGGUAUAUCGUGUGUA